UUUUAUUUGAUCCUCCUGUCAAUCCUCUUCUAUGAUAUGGAAGCAAGGGAGCAGAUCUAGAGGCUACUGUUGAAGGCUGAUGAAAGCAGGUGUAAUGACAUAGAAGAGAAAUUUGAACAAUCAUGAGCCACAUGGAUAAGAUGGAUUGUCACAAUCUUUUUCCCAAUGUUGGGACAGUCUAAAACUAGAGGGCUAAAACUAAGUUUAAGGUGAAAGGGGAAAGAUUUAAAAGGGAUCUGAUAGGAAAUGUUUUUGCACAGGGGGUGGUAUCUGGAGUGAGCUGUCAGAGGAAGUGGUAAAGGCAGGUGAAAUUAGAACAUUUAAUAAACAUUUGGACAGGUACAUGGGUACGAUAGUUUUCAUGCAGUAUAGGCAACUGGGACCAGCUUGGAAAGUAUUUUGAUUGGCAUGGUUCAGUUGGGCUCUGACACUACGAUGUAGUUGAAGGUGAGAUCAGGGAAAGGUAGAUCUGAUUGGAUCAUUGAAAGAUAUGGCACAGAACUCCUGAGCCCUCCCUGCCUUUCCUGUGGUUACUUUCCAGCAGUGGUAGUGGGGCUGCACUGUCAAUGAUUGCUGAUUUAUACCUUUCACAGCCUCACUUGCAACUUUACUAGUUUUGUGGCCUGCUGCCACUGCUCAGAGUGUGUAAUUUGUCUGGGAAGCAAACCAUUGGAGUUUUUUUUUGCAGAGCUUCGUCUAGGACGGGGGUCGGCAACCUGCGGCUCCCGAGCCAUUUGUGGCUCUUUCACCUCUGUGCUGCGGCUCCCUGUGGCUUUGGGAAAUAAUUGGUCAGUAUUUAAUUAAAAUGUAUUUUAUGUUAGUUUGUUAGCUUUUGAAAUGUAAUUCUAAAUUUGAAGAUUAUGGUGAUCUUGUACAAUCUAAGUGUGGCGACACAUUUCCUGGCACAUCCGAAACGGCUCACAAUUAGCCAGCAUUCCGGCUAAGGGAGAUAGCCUACGGUGGUUUGUGAGUACGCGUCUUUUGCAGCAUCUGCGUCCAUGGGGGCUGGGUUGAGGGAGGCUUAAAAGCAAGGCUGUUUAGUUCGAAUAAAGUUAUUCGACUGCAGUUUACUGACUGCGUGAGCACACCGCUACAACGUGUUUUUAUCGCUAUUAAUAUACGUCACCACUGCCAAUACCUGACACCCGCCAGUGCGCGAUUUCUUUAAUUUUUCGAUCCAAGGUAAGCCAACUAUGGAGAAUUCUAAAAAAAGAAAAGUGACUGAAGAAAACAGAACGUUUAAUGAUACGUGGACAGAUUCAUUUGCUUUCACUGUUGACGAGACUGGUUUACCGGUAUGCUUAAUAUGCAAUGAGAAACUAGCAAACAACAAAAAGUCAAAUGUCGCAAGGCAUUUCCACAAUAAACACGCAGCCUUUGCUCAAAAAUAUCCGGAUGGAGAUGAGAGAAAAAAAGCCGUUUCGGAACUGAUGCGGAAGGUUGAUCUGAGCAAAAAUCAUUUCCAGAAAUGGAUGAAGUCUGGAAAAUCAACGACAUACGCCAGUUAUAUUGCCGCUCAGGAAAUAGUCAGGCACGGGAAGCAGUUUACAGAUGGUGAAUAUAUAAAAGAAUCUUUCAUUAAGAUUUCAGAACAUCUAUUCACGGACUUUAAAAACAAGAGUGAAAUUGUGCAGAAAAUCAGGGAUAUGCCCCUCUCUGCAAAGACUGUCAAAGACAGAACCAUAAAAAUGGCAGAAGACAUCACAAGACAGCAAAUUAAAGACAUCAAUUCAGCUGUGGCCUACUCGAUUGCCUGUGACGAGUCUAAAGACAAAGGUGAUAUUGAACAAAUAGCGUUGUUCUGCCGGUAUGUAAACUCUGCCGGGCCACAGGAAGAACUGAUUGAGUUGACACCUCUAAAAGACCAAACACGGGGGGAGGACAUCUGUGAGGCUGUCUUGAAUUGUUUAAGAGCCAAAGGAAUAAAGACCACCCAUCUGGUGUCAGUAGCUACUGAUGGGGCACCGAAUAUGACGGGAACGCACAAGGGAUUUGUGGCUUUACUGCAGAAGUCGCUGGACAGAAAGCUGCUGACUUUUCACUGCAUCUUGCACCAAGAGGCACUGUGCGCUCAAACAUUUCCUCCGGAAUGCACAGAAGUAAUGGAUGUUGUCAUUCAGAUUGUCAAUAAAAUAAUGGCAAAAAGUUUAAAUCACCGUCAAUUCCGUUUGUUACUGGACGAGCUGGAAAGCGCAUAUUCUGAUCUCCUGCUGCACAACAAAGUCCGGUGGCUGUCCAAAGGGGAGGUGCUGAAACGCUUUGUCGCGUGUCUGGAAGAAGUGAAAACUUUCCUGGGCAGCAAAGGGCUCACCUUUCCUGAGCUGGAACAGCCAGAGUGGCUGGAAAAGCUACACUUCAUGGUAGACAUGACAGCGCACCUGAACACGCUGAACACAGCUCUUCAGGGGAAAGGACGCACAGCCCUGCACAUGUUGGAGGAUGUCUUGGCAUUCGAGCGCAAGUUGACAGUGCUUGCCAGAGAUUUACAGAAAGGCACUUUGUCUCACUUCCCCAAUUUGAGAGAGUUCAAAUAAGGUCACGACAUGAUAAUUUCGGAGUAUUUACAUUCUGCAAUCAUCGCAAUGCAAACAUCGUUUGGGAAACGCUUCUGUGAGUUCAGAGAGGAAAAAAACACAUUAUCCUUCCCGGUCACUCCCUUAAGCAUCGAUCCUUCCCUACUGAAUACGACUGCAUUGGCAGGUGUGAGUCAACCUGAUCUUGAGAUGGAACUGGCCGACAUAGCCGACAAAGACAUAUGCGUGUCCAAGUUUAGACGCUUGACAGCAGACCUUGAAGAUGUUGCCCGUCAGAAGGCCGUUCUUGCUCAGAAUCACAAAUGGAGUGAUAUUGAAAACCUUCCAAAACCGGACAAACUUGUGUUCGAAACAUGGAAUGCUAUGCCCGACAUUUAUGUAAACAUGAAAAAGUAUGCGCUUGGAGUCCUGUCGAUCUUUGGAUCCACAUAUGUAUGUGAGCAGGUGUUCUCCAACAUGAACUUUAUUAAAAACAAACAUCGCGCACGCCUCACAGAUGACAGCUUGCGAUCCUGUGUAAAGAUGAAGGUGACGUCAUACAGCCCUGAUGUGCAGACGCUGUGCGCUGAGGUCCAGGAGCAGAAAUCCCAUUAACCAAGCUGACAGCUGGCUGAUGUUAUUUUUGGUUUGCUGCUGGCGGAAAAUUUAAGUUCGGCGUUUUUCAUAAAUACAAGAAGGACUCAAAUAGACAUUGAAUAUUUUACUUAAAAGUAACUUUCAACCCAACGUCUUUUUUUUCGGAGUUCAAAAUGUUUUUGUUGCAUGCAGAAAUGUAAUUUCGUUUUCUCUGCAGGAGUUCAUCAAUUUCAUAAAUGCAACACAUUAUAGUUUGUUUAUACAUAGCAUAAAGGCAAAAAAAACGUUGUAUGCAGUGUUAUUUCAUUUUAAAUGUCAAACGGGUUUUGCGGCUCCCAGUGUUUUCUUUUCUGUGGGAAACGGGUCCAAGUGGCUCUUUCAGUGGUAAAGGUUGC